CCCCGGUCGGUGCGGACGGGCCGGGGCCGCCCCGGGAGCGGCGGAGCCUCGGCCGGGCCCCGCGGGGUCUAUGGGGAAGGCGGCCGCGCUCUGCGGCGGUGGCACCCGCGGGCUGGUCUCGCUCCUCAGCGCCGUCCCCUGCCUGGCCUGCCACGAGCUGCCGGCCAUGAGCGGCGAGCCCGGCGGCCGCGGCGGCGGGGGCCCGGCCGGGGGACCGCCCGCCGCUCCCCCGGGCUCCGACACCUACAAGGGGUGGCUCUUCAAGUGGACCAACUACCUGAAGGGCUACCAGCGCCGCUGGUUCGUGCUCAGCAAUGGGCUGCUCAGCUACUACAGGUCUUCUGCAACUGUCAGGAGUGGUGGCUCUUCUUGGAAGCGUGUGAAAAAUACACCAGUCCCGGUUCGGAAGAUGGGGACGCAGGCRGAGAUGGCCCACACUUGCCGGGGCACCAUCAACCUGUCCACGGCCCACAUCGACACCGAGGACUCGUGCAACAUCGUGCUGUCCAACGGCGGCAGGACCUACCACCUGAAGGCCAACUCGGAGGUGGAGAGGCAGCGCUGGGUCACGGCCCUGGAGCUGGCCAAGGCCAAGGCCAUCCGCAUGCGSAACAACCAGUCAGAUGACUCGGGUGACGAGGAGCCCGCCUCGCAGUCCGACAAGAGCGAGCUGCACGGCCCCCUGAAGACCCUGUCSAGUAAGCUGGAGGACCUGAGCACCUGCAACGAGCUGAUCGCCAAGCACGGCGCGGCCCUGCAGCGCUCGCUCAGCGAGCUGGAGAACCUGCGCCUGCCGGCCGACAGCGGAGAGAAGAUCAAGGCAGUGAAUGAGCGCGCCACGCUCUUCCGCAUCACCUCCAAUGCUAUGAUCAACGCCUGCCGCGAUUUCCUGGACUUAGCCGAGAGCCACAGCCGGAAAUGGCAGCGGCUGCUGCAGCAUGAGCGGGAGCAGCGGAUCCGGCUGGAGGAGACCAUCGAGCAGCUAGCCAAGCAGCACAACAGCUUGGAGCGUGCCUGCCGCGGGGCACCUGGGCUGGCCUCGGGCAGUGCCAGCAGCACCAGCACCGCCAAGGGGAGCGUGCAGUCUGCCAAAGGAGAGGCCAGUGAUGAAGAUGAGGAGACGGAGUACUUUGAUGCCAUGGAGGAUGCACCAGCUUUUAUCACUGUAACCGCCGACCCCAAGCACCACAGGUACCGCCCCCAGCUGCAAGGGCCGGUUUGCAGCAUCCCCUCCUGCGGGGUCACUCUGUGGGCRUGGCCCCAAACCUUCCCCAGCCUCUGCCCAAGCCUGAUGAUCCAUGGGGCCUCCACAUCCCAAAUCUUGGUGCUACCUGGCACGGAUCAGGGAGCAGAGCUCACCCUCCCUUUCCUCAGAGUUCCAUGGUGCCUGUGGGGGAUGUCUCCUGCUUCCCCAGCCCUGUGUGUUCCCUUGCAGGUGAACUUCAACGAGCCCCUGUCCAUGCUGCAGCGGCUCACCGAGGACCUGGAGUACCACGAGCUGCUGGACAAGGCGGUCAAGUGCGAGAGCUCCACGGAGCAGAUGUGCUUUGUGGCCGCCUUCUCCGUGUCCUCCUACUCCACCACUGUCCACCGCACUGCAAAGCCAUUCAACCCUCUGCUGGGAGAGACCUUUGAGCUCGACCGCCUGGACGAGCUGGGCUUCCGUUCCCUCUGCGAGCAGGUGAGCCACCACCCCCCAGCAGCCGCCCACCACGUGUACUCCAGGCGAGGCUGGACCUUGUGGCAGGAGAUCACCAUCGCCAGCAAGUUCAGGGGCAAAUACCUCUCCAUCAUGCCGCUGGGCGCCAUCCACCUGGAGUUCCACUCCAGCGGCAAUCACUACGUCUGGAGGAAAGUCACCUCCACCGUGCACAACAUCAUCGUGGGCAAGCUCUGGAUCGACCAGGUGAGUGAUGGGACAGGUCCUGCCUGGCCUGGCCCAGCUCUGGGGGCUGAAGGGGUCCCCAGGAUGGGACAGCUGUACAUUCAGCGCAGUCCCAGCCCAGCCAGGGGCUGCACCCACAAUGGACAAUGGCUCACGGCUUUUUCACCCUUUCUCACUUUUGUCCAUUUGCACAGCCGUUCCCUCUCCUCCUGUCCCUGUUCCCUGGAGCAGAGCCCGACCCCCCCGGCUGUCCCCUCCUGUCAGGGAGUUGUGCAGAGCCACAAGGUCCCCCCGGAGCCUCCUUUGCUCCAGGCUGAGCCCCUUUCCCAGCUCCCUCAGCCGCUCCUGGGGCUCCAGACCCUUCCCCAGCUCCGUUCCCUGCCCUGGACUCGCUCCAGCCCCUCCAGGGCUCUCCUGUCAGGAGGCUCCCAGARCUGUCCCAGCACUGGAGGUGCCCCAGCAGUGCCAGCUCAGGGGRYGGGCACUGCCCUGCUCCUGCUGCUUCAGGAUCCCUGGGGCCAGGAUGGGCUGCAGAGCCAYGUGGGGCUGUGGGGCUGUGCCUGGGGUAUCCCCCAGCCCCCCAUCCUAACCAUGCUCUCCGAUCCCAGGGAAAACGCCGAGAACAUGUAUUUCUUCUCGGAGCUGGCGCUGACGCUGAACGAGCCCGAGGAGCGUGUGGCACCCACGGACAGCCGGCUGCGGCCCGACCAGCGGCUCAUGGAGAGCGGCCGCUGGGACGAGGCCAACGUGGAGAAGCAGAGGCUGGAGGAGAAGCAGAGAGCCGUGCGCCGGCGCAGGGAGGCCGAGGCUGUGGAGGCUCUGGAGGAAGGGAAGGACUACGAGGGCUACAGCCCGCUGUGGUUCGAGCGCAAGGUGGAYGCGUUCACCGGGGAGCUGCUCUGCGUCUACAAGGGCGGCUACUGGGAGGCCAAGGACAAGCAGGACUGGAGCGCGUGCCCCGACAUCUUCUGAGCCCCUGAUGCUGCGGGGCCACCCCCGGGACACCGGGCCAGCCCGAGGGACAGCGGGGACAAGCCGGCAGUGUCCCGCCGGGCCGGCACGCAGUCAAGACAUGCAGAGAUCCAAACCGCGAUUCCAAACCUAUUUUUUUACGCACUAAUAAACAGCAUCAUUUUUUUUCGGGGUU